AUGACAUCCGGAAACGCGUUCGGGAUGCCAGACUUCGAGGACGAGGAAUCCAGAGCUAGGAUGGAGAGUGAUGCUGGGCCGAAUGACGUAGGGCACGAUCACAUUGUCUUUCAGGUACCAGACUUCGAUGGAGAGCAUCACCAAGAGCAUCCUCAUCCAAAGCAUGCACUUUCUGAGGGUGCUGGUGUUCCUCCGGAAUCAACAGCGAACAAUGUCAGAAUAGCCAACAGGGUGGAUGGGGACACUAACUUCUUGGGCGCCCACAACGGCGACAAGAGAUCAAAUUCGCAAGCCAAGAAUGACAUGCUUGCGCACAGCCCGUCGCUCGGGCUGAUUCCUACGCAGUCGAUAGAAGAAGGAGAGGCGCAUAAAUUUGUAAAGAAAAGAACGUACCUUCAUAAGAAGCACUCGGAGCGAAUCCGGAGGCAUACGUUCCUCGCUAAAUGUCUCGGCGUUGUGCAGAAUAUAUGGAUUAUGGUUUCCACAUUCCCGUAUUGGGACAUGGCCUUUUGGUCUGGUUUUGCUUAUGCCGUUGGUUCUGCAAUGUUCAUCAUUGAUGGCGCCUUCGCGUUCGGUCCCCUUGCUUCACCGAACAAGCACUGGCCCAAGGGAGAGGACAAAUACGGCGGACCGAUAUUGUUCUUCCUAGGAGCUGUGAUAUGUUACCAAACCGGUGCUGUGAUGGCUUAUCUUGAAGCAAUAAACGACGGUUGCUUCGCUGGUGUGGCCAUGAAGCGCUUCUGGGUAGAAGGCAGCGAGGAGGACAAGAAAAAGCUUCUCGAUGCCAAACUCCAUACAUUCUUCGGUCAUAUCAUUCCACAUCACCAUCACCACGAUACCGACGAUGCACAUGCAAAUGACAUAGUUGGUGAGAAGAGUCGAGCAGAUGUUGGCGGCGAGCAGGAUGUAGAGGCCAUGUGGCAGACAGCAACGAGCCAUGACCCAGAAGCGCAGAUCCAUCCGAUUCAGCCUGCACCAUCUCGUCGUCAAGCAGUUGAUCAUGGACCUGCUGACCAAGAAAGUUUCAACGAGUACAUGUCCUGGCGUUGGUGGCCGACAUGGCAUGCUCUCAGUACAUAUCAUGUUCGCGCAACUCUAUAUGGCGUCACUGGCAUUGUGGUGCUGCCCGGCGUGCUCUCUAGUCUCGCGUGGUGGCAGAAGAUAGCCGCUUUCUGGGUUCCUCAAGUUGUUGCGAGUGUGUGUUUCUUGACCGCGGCGAUUAUGUUUACCCUCGAAUCGCAAGACGUGUGGUAUAAACCCCUACCAUGGACUGUUAGAUGGUGGAUUGGCGGAUGGGCUGCGAUUGGAUCCGUGGGCUUCUUAUUGUGCGCAUGCUUCGGCCUGGGGUCAGAAAAGCACACUUGGUGCGAGUAUCAAAGCGAUCUAUCCAGCAUGUGGGGCUCGGCAGCCUAUUUGUUCAGCUCAUUAUUGCAGUGGUAUGAGGCCGUCAGUGAUGGUCCAGUGCUUGCCUUCCCAAACAACCGCACGCCGGUCUUGAUGCGAAAGGCAAAGGUCGCCACAUAG